UUUUGUGGCAGUUUCGUUUAUGCUUGGGCCGUGUUUAACGGGUUUUUGGUGCUCAGAACUCUGAUUGUGUACACAGAAAAUGUUGAAAAUCGUAUUCGUAGUCGCGAUUCUGUCGCUUGUGAAGUGUGGACAGUCCCAAAUUGCUUUUACCAAUCAGCCAUGCUCGGUUCGAAAUCCAAAAAUCGUGGGAGGCAGUGAGGCGGAGCGCAACGAAAUGCCCUUUAUGGUCAGUCUGAUGCGUCGAGGUGGUCACUUUUGCGGCGGCACUAUCAUCUCAGAGCGGUGGAUCAUCACGGCGGGACACUGCAUCUGCAAUGGGUUGCAGCAGUUCAUGAAGCCAGCUCAAAUCCAAGGAGUUCUGGGUCUGCACAGCAUCAGGGAGUACCUCAACGGGAUUGGCAACGGUCCGGAUGCAUUGAGGGUGGACUUCAAGAACAUUGUGCCCCAUCCGCAAUACGACUGCAACGAUGUGAAACACGAUAUAGCCCUUCUGGAGCUGGUACAACCAAUACGAUUCUCAUCACACAUCCAGCCCAGUUGCGUAGGAUCCGAAGAGGGGCACCGAAGUCUGGAGCAGGAGUACGGAACUGUUUCUGGUUGGGGCUGGACGCACGAGAACCAGGCGGAAAACGAUCGCUCUGAUGUUCUGCGCAAGGCCACCGUUAAGAUAUGGAACAACGAGGCAUGCGAGAGGUCCUACAGAUCCUUGGGAAAGAGCAAUACCAUCGGAGAGACGCAAUUGUGCGCCGGUUAUGAAAACGGUCAAAUCGACUCGUGUUGGGCGGAUUCUGGCGGUCCGCUGAUGUCCAAGGAGCAUUACCUCGUUGGCGUGGUGUCCACUGGGAUCGGCUGUGCUCGUCCAGGUUUGCCCGGAAUAUAUACGCGCGUCAGUAAAUACGUAUCUUGGAUGCAGAAGGUGAUAGCCGGCAGGAAAUAGUUUUCCAAAAAUCUUCAACAUAAAGAUUGUGAUUCUCUUGUGAUAUUAGUCGUAGUCUAUUAUGUGAUCCUUUUUAAUAAACGUUACUUAAACCAAUUUGAAAUUUCAA